UUUAAUACUUUUACAAAUCAAACAGUUUAAAAAAUUAAAACAAUUAUGGGUUGGAACACGCUUAAAAGAAUGAAAAGUAAAGAUAAAGACAAAAACUAUAUGAUAAAAAAUGAUGCGCAACUAAUAAAUGGGGUGGUUCAAAUUAUAAACGAAACGCAGAAAACCAAGAACGAUUCAAAUAGUAGCACUACAAGCACCCUUAACAGCACCCUUAACACCCUCAACGCAAGUAACAGCACUCUUAAUAGUCCUGCAAGCAAGAGUAACAGUUCGUCUUGUGAGGUUAUAGAGGAUAAACUGAUACAGACUCUUUUAGCAAAAGCCAUAUAUGAUAACUUUGCAGAUGCACCAGACGAACUCAGUUUUCGUAAAGGAGAUAUUGUAACUGUAAUUGAGCAAGACGUAGAUGGUUUGUUAGGAUGGUGGCUGUGUUUACUUCACGGAAGACAAGGAAUUGUACCUGGUAAUCGGCUGCAAGUUAUUCCUCCUAUGGAACUAGACAAGUUUGAAAAAUCAACACGAAAGAGAGGCUCAUACGAAACUGAUGACUCUUAUGAUAGUGCAGAUCUUCUAGAAAAUGGCGGCCAUAGUUAUGAUGUUUUGCCGAAUCCUGUAAAAUCCAAUCCAACAACACUAACCAUUAAAGAUAUGUUUCAUAUACCUUUAAAAAAGGAUGUUAUAAGCAAUGAAUCGUUUAAUGUUACAUCAUACGAAAAAUCAAAAAAUCUAAUAAAAGAAGACGCAAAAGAUAUAUAUGAUGUUCCAUCAAAUCAGCAAGAAUUUUAUGACGUUCCAAAAUUCGAUAAGAAUGAAAAACUAAAUAAAACAGUUCAAAAUAUUACCUUAAAUAGAAACGAAAAUAAAUCUUUCGAUUCAUCAAAUAUAUCUCUUACCUCUGACGGAAGUAAAAUAUUAGGUAAUGAUCUUUAUGAUGUACCCGUUUGUGGAAAUAACGCAUUUUCAAAAAAAAACCAGUCUAUUGUUAACAAAGAUUCUUUAAAAGUUUCAAAACAAGAUAAAGGGUUAAGUAACGACCUUGAUAUUGCUACUUUGAUGGAUGAGAUAUAUGACUCUCCAUUUAGUGCGGAUUGUAAUAGUAAUACAAUAAAGCGCUCACCAAAGAGUAGCAAUCAAACGACGCCUCGUAACAGUAGACAUAGUCAAGAAUUAAAUACAUCAACAAAAGUAAGCAACGAAAAUAUUUAUAACAAUCUGUCAACAAAAAUCGAUAUGUUAAAUUUAAAAGACCAAACAAGCACGCAAAAAGUAGUCAACAAAACUGUUGCUAAGGUUUUUGAGGAAGUUUAUGAUAUUCCUUUAUUAAAAGGUAGCAAUCAUAGCGUUAAUCCUUUUCAACCAAAAUCAACUCCUACUAAAUCUGAAAAUGCUGAUGUGUACGAUGUUCCAUCAAAGAAUACUUCGCAUUACUUUGUUGAAGAUUAUAUUGCUGAUGACAUUUAUGACAUUCCCAGAUCUGGCACAGAACUGUAUGACACCCCGUUAACCAGAAUUCAUGAUCACAAUAACAGGACUCAGGAGCUUUACGACGUGCCUCAAAAUAAUAAAACAGUAAAUGCAGAAAUACGCAAAGACCCUUUGAAACGUAAUAUCAACCAAGAACUGAAUUACACAGCAUACUCGCCGCAUUGCAGAGAACGGAAAAAUAACCCUGGGAAUUUAGUUUUACCAGACACAAAUGACGACGAUUAUAUUGAUUAUCACGACAUCUGGAAUAACGAGCCACCGAAAGAACUUGCUCAAGAACACAUUACAUCUUCUUCGUCUUCUCAAAACAGAAAUAACAGUAACAGUAGUAACAGUAGUAACAGUAGCAACAACGCUGGAGAUCAUAAAAAAUCUUUACUUGAUCAGAUAAAUUUUGAAGCUGUUAAAGAAUUAGAUAUCACAGUUUCAGAAGCUCUUGAACGUCUCAGGAAACUUCAUUUAGCAGUAGAUACUUGCGUCCAUACACUUUUAUCAUUUUGCGUUAAUAACUGGUUAGAUAUCUCAUUCCUGCAAAACAAUAUUGUUGCAAUUCGAGACUAUUCAGGGAAAUUAAAAACAGCAUUACGUUUAUUGACAGAGUUUGGCCUUGGCACCUUGGUUAAUACAACACGAUGUGUAAAUGGAGAGGCAUUAAUGGAUUCCUUAAUAACUGACGUAGAAUCACUUUUGGAAUCAUAUUACAAAAUCAAAAUCUGUAUUUUACAUUUAGACGGCCAAAAUUGGGCUGUUCCUAAAACUAGAUCAAGCCUAACGGAUAAAUUUUUUGCAACUUUAAAUGCUAUUAUGAUUCUUUCGCAACGAAUUCCAGAUCAGUGCAAAUUAUUUACUCAGGCUGUACAGAAAAAUUCAUCGGAGUUCUUCCUUCCUGAUCCAGUCAAGGUUUUGACUCCUGCAAAAAAUCAAUCGGAUUCGAACAAAACAGGUGUCAAAACACGACUUUUUAAUGAAAAUAACGUGUCGAGUGAGUUUUUAAAAAAAGAACUAGCCGAUCGUCGACAGCACGCAAGAGAUAACCUACAACUAGCUCCACGUAUUCCGCCAAAACCUACUCUGCCAUCUGAACGCCGUUCAAUGGCUGGUACAAUUGAACCUCCCGAGUCUCCACGUGUUGCUGUGCUAUCUCCACACACAGGUACACGAGUAAUAGGACAUAUCGAGAGGCUUGUUACAGACUAUAUUCCUGACAACAUAAAGUACAAAAAGUAUGCCUCCGACCCUACUACUCCAUAUAAAGAUGGACAAAAAACUAUAUGGGGUGGAAGUUGCCCAAUGCUUAUUGAUAGAAACUCAGCCGCUCCUCUUCGAGGAGCAGAGUCAGCGUCGAGUUGCUCUUCAAUUGCAACAAGCGUCAUCGAGGAAGAAACGAUCGAAAUAAAACAAACCAAUAAUGAAAAAAUAAAUAAAAACUAUCCUUCAGACUCGAUUAUAAUCUCACCUGGAUUGACACCUUUUCAACAGCGAUCAGCUUCUGUACUUCAAGACAAUAAAAAUAAAAAUGUAUUUAACUUUGACGAGAAAGGACGAGACGAAACAAGAAACUUUACUGCAUUAUCUCCAUUAGAUCACCGAGAUAUAGAGGCUUUAGAAUUUUUUUGCCGACAAGUUGAAUCUCAGGUAAUGCUUCUUCGAGAAUCAAUGAAAAACUUAACGGAAUCUGUAGAAAAUCGAGAGGAGCCUGCAAUAUUUGUUUCACACUCAAAAUUUGUUAUACUAACAGCCCACAAAGUAGUUCACAGUGGACAAGAAAUUUCAGAACGCCUAGUUAAUCAAAUAAUUAAAAACAAAUUAAAAGAAGGUACUACUCAUCUGACAUUAUGCAUACGAGGAGUAGUUGCCGCCACUAAAACUGCGGCUUUAGAAUUUCCUGACCCAGCCGCAAUGAUGGAAAUGAUAAGUUCUGUGCUUGCUAUUGGCGAUGCUGUAAGAAUUAUACAUAGCGAAUGUCGUCGGGCGUUAGAUAGUUAGUAGUUAGAUACAAAGUUAAAAAAAAAAAAGCUUAAUUAAAAUUACAGACAUUAGGAAAGAUUUUCUAAACAAAUAAACGUUAAUGAAUAAGAUUUUUAAAUUAUUUUUUUUAUUUAAUUUUU